AUGUCCCAGUCCCCUUUGAUAGCGCAACCGAAGGAAUUAAAGCAUGUCGGCAUUGUGGGUGCUGGUAUGGCUGGCUUGUAUGCUGCAUAUCGGUUGAAAUUGUCGAACGAUCCCCGCAUCGCAGUCUCUCUGUACGAACUGGAUGGGAGGGUCGGUGGACGUGUCAAAACCUACCACUUUACAUCUGAGAAGGACCAAUACUUUGAGGCUGGUGCCAUGCGUAUUCCAAGCACCCAGAUGCAUCAGCCAACCUUCGACUUGAUUAAACUUCUCAAAGACACCUAUCAUGCCGAUCUUAACCUUAUACCUUAUCAUCUCACCACCCCCGGCAAUCGCAUCUUCAUAAAUGGUAUUUUGAAGAACGGUGGCGAUGAUAACACUGCCAAGGCUCUGGGAUUCGACCUCCCGGUACCGUAUAAUGACAAGACUGCAGACGCCCUGCUACUGAGCGCUAUACAAGCGUUCAUUGAUUUGUUGGAGAGAGACUUCGACCAGGGCUGGGAGCUUCUCAUGCAUCUUGACAAAGUCCCAUUCCGUUCCUACCUGGAAUCUCUUGAAUGGCCGCAAUCAGUCAUUGAUUUCACCGAGACUAUGUGCUCUCAGACCAACCAGUUCGCGCUAAGCUUCUCCGAACUCAUCAUGCAGAACCUCGACUUCGACACUAAACAGUGGUUCACACUGGAAGAGGGAAUGGACAGACUCCCUCAGGCACUUGCCAGGGUGGUUGGCAUGGAUAAUAUUACCUUUGGUGCGCGAGUGCAGAAGAUUGAGCAGACUGGUGAUGGUGUCGCUAUCUACGCAGAUACGCCUAGGGGCCGGAUAGAGAAAACCUUUGACAAGGUGAUCCUUGCUAUUCCGCCUAGUGCGUUGAGGAUGAUACCAGAGCGUCCUCGCUGGGAUUACAGAAAGGAGCAAGCUAUCCGCGCUAUGUUCUACGAGGCGUUAUAUAAGAUCGGUCUGCGCUUCAAGACUCGAUUCUGGGAGCAUGUGCAACCCCCUUCUCUAGGGGGACAAUCAACGACCGAUCUGCCCAUUCGGUGGAUUGUAUAUCCAUCCAAUGGCAUCAAUUCUGAGGGACCUGGCGUCCUGCUUUUAUAUUCCUGGAACACAGACGCCUCUGUGUGGUCCUCCAUUCCUUUCAAUGAACGUCUUAAGAGCUCUCUAUGUCACCUUUCAAAGGUUUUCCCGAAUGUUGACAUCUACGACCAAUUCAUCGCGGCAGAAGAUUUAGCCUGGUCCGAGCACAACCCUACCGGCGACGCCAUGUUCCUUCCCGGGCAAUUUUCAGAAUACUUCGACAUUGCUCGUCGUAAGGAAGGUAACAUCUACUUUGCGGGAGAGCAUUUGAGUCGUCAUCAUACGUGGAUUACUGGAGCCAUCGAUUCUGCCAGAUCAACUGCAGAAGAGGUCAUCAGUGACUUUGCCUUCAAACGCGUUCCUACAGGGUGGAUUCCCCCAACUGGAACAGAACCUAGUAAGCAUUAUGAUCCUGAGGCUCACCGCAAGGAGGUGAUCAAGGGUGGGCUGGAAAAUAUCAAGAACAACCGCGAGGAGUUCGAGAAGUCUGUCUUACUAAACGCUGUAAACGACAAUUAG